GAAGAAAAUGGUAUGUGUAUUAAUAGCGCUUUUAACGUUGAUAUGUGGAUUGAUACUUCCUUCAGAAGGAUUAAUCCGAAUUGCAAAGCGUCCAGAUCAUCGCCUUUACACUGCUGAAUAUACUUCAUGCAUGCAAGAUUCCUUAGUGACUUUCGACAGAUUUGAUGUGAGUUACUACUCACGCAACUUGUCUAUCGUUUUAAAUAUCGAGGGUUAUUCUAACAUAGAUGCAAAUGUAACCUUUGAAAUAACGGUUGAUGCCUAUGGUAGCCAACGUGCUAGAUUCACGUUUGAUCCAUGUGAUAUGAACUUAGGAAAUAUUUGCCCAUUGACAAAAAAUUCAAGGAUUGGAGCUCAUGGUGUCCUUCCAGUUAGCCUUCAGGAUGUCAAAAUGGUUCCAAAUCUAGCUUGGACGAUUCCUGAUUUUGAAGGAUUUAUCAAUUUUAGGAUGUAUCGUUCAGAGGAUUUAGAAAACUCUUCUAUAAAUAAGGCGAAUCCUCUUUCAUGUGCCAUGGCAUCCUUAAAUAAUGGUCACACGUUUCAAAACAGAGUAAUUUUGGCACUUUCAAUUGUUUCUUUUUUUUUGGCCAUUGCCGGUUUCCUCGGUUUUUAUCUGAUCGGCAUGGAGCACAGCAUUUAUAUGUUACGGCCUGUAAUUACAAACUCCAUGCCAUCAAUCCAAUAUAUAACAGACCUUUUACAGUGUAUCGUGCUUACUGCAGCUGUAGGAGUCAAACAACCAAAAGUUUUGGUAUCAUGGGCUAGUAAUUUUGCAUGGAUUAUAGGACUGAUUCCAAACGGACAGCUCGACAAUAGUAUAGAUUCUCUUCGAAAGCAUUCUGGUGGUAAACUAAAUUCACAUCAGGACGGUAUACAUUGUCGCACCACUACUGCAUCGAACCCGGAAGAUUCAAUCGUCGGUACAUAUUCCGGACUGGUAGGGUUAGCGAAUAGACUUCAUACCUGUUCCACGAAUUUGUUUACACUUUCGCUGAUAUGGUUUGCAAUUUCAAUUGGGAUUAUCGGGGGGAUUGUGAUCGGUUUCGUUUGUAUCAUCCCGCUCUUACGAAAAUCUCAAGUAAUUUGUCCCUCUUCUUGCAUGUAUGAGUUGAAGUAUUGGAAAAGACUCCUUUUUAAUGCACUUAUGAAAUGGGUUUUUAUUUGCUUUCCGGUCCUGAUUGUGUUAGCUGUUUUCCAAUUUACAUUAUCAGAUGCAUAUGGACCCAUAAUUCUCGCGGCUACGUUGCUUGCCUUGUUUGCAGGACUAUUUGCUUGGUGUUUAUUCGAGGUAGCCAAUGCAAUCCAUACCAAUCGGUUUCUAACAAAAGGUUCAAAGGGAACGAUCAAUGACCCACAUGUAUUUACAUGGUGGGGUUGGAUGUAUUUGAACUUGAAGGAUCGCCAUUGGUAUUUCUUCAUAGUACGCCUUGUACUAGUCGCCAUUUCAGGUCUCCUAUUAGCAUUUCUUCAAAACUAUGGAAAAGUCCAAUCCAUCAUUCUCUUCGCAAUUGAGGUGGUUGCAAUUAGUUUAUUAAUUGGACUUCGCCCCUACUUUGGAACUUGCAGCAUGAUGUGCGCGCUUUUGAUUAACGGAACACGCCUUAUAUCUAUGGUUUUGUUAAUUCCCAUGGCAUUUGAUAUAAAUAUCAUCCGUAAAGUAAUAAUUGGAAUUUUGAUUAUCAUCAUCCAGGGACUCGUAUUUUCUGUGCUAACGAUUUGGGGAUUUUUGAAUUUCUUGAGUAUGAUUGGAACAUUAUGGCCUGCAAUCAAAUAUCAAUCAAAAUGGCUUGGUCAAAUAAUUCAGCAAAAUGAACAAGAUACUCAACCUGCUAUGGGUGAUCACAAAGUAUACGAGAAAGAAGAUCCAGCAUUCAGUUCGUUCAUGCUGGAAAAUGUUUCUUCUGAAAGAGUUAAAGAAGAUCCUGAGCUAAAAAAUGGAAAUGACCUUUCAAAAGCAACAGAAGAAUCCUCAAUACGCAUACCAAUGCCUAUGCAUCCAUCACCAACAUCCUCAUAUUGUUUUUCGGAUUUUAGCGAAAUCCAGCGAACUCCAAUAGACUUUUACAAAACACCCUAA